AGAUAUAUAUAUAAGAAAGAAGAAGUUUACUUUUCAAAGUUUCAUUAAAAGCAGUACGAUAUGGAAUACGAGUUUUAGUUUUAAUCAAUGUUAGAAAAUAGUUUUUGCAUACCUAUUUAUAUUUAUAUCUUUCACGAGAUCGAAUAAAUAUCGUUUCUAAUAAUAACUAUCGUUAUCGUUUCAAUAUCGAAAAUUGGGAAUAGAUAUAGCAGCAUCAAUUACGAAUAUCUUUCUCUACGAGAUAUUUCCAUAGGAGGAACAUCUAGGCACAAUUAAUAUUAUUCUUGAAAGGUGAGAAAAACGAUACCAUGGGGAAAAGCGAAAGUUCGAUACCAGGUUUUGAAAAUUUUCCCGGAAGGGAGGCUAAAGUUAAAACAGGCUACGCUUAUUUGGAAGGAAGAAGGCAAGUAGAUGGCGCGGAAGAUUUGUGGAGGAUUGGAAAUAGCUUAUACGAUUUGGAAGGGUUCGCAAAAUUUCAUCCAGGAGGCGCUGAAUGGAUCCGCCUUACCAAGGGUACCGAUAUUACCGAACUUUUUCAGACGCAUCAUUUGACCGACAAAGCCACAAAACUUCUUCCAAAAUAUUUCAUAAGGGAGGCUGUUGUACCACGAAAACUGCCAUUAACAUUCGAGCCAAAUGGUUUCUUUUCUACGUUCAAAAGACGGGCAUUGGAAGCUUUGAAGGAUGUGAAUUUCCAUCAGCCGUCCACAAAAACGAAUUUAAUCGCAGAUUUUCUUUUCACUUCUUCUUUAAUAUUCAGCAUCCUAACAGCGUACACCCAAUCUUAUCUAAUGAUCGUGUUUACCGGGAUUCUCCUCGCAUGGACCGCUAUAAGCGGCCACAAUUAUCUUCACAUGAAGGAUAACUUUCGAAUGUAUUAUUUCGACUUGAGUACGAUGUCAUCGAAGGAUUGGCGAAUAACGCACGCGAUGAGCCAUCACAUGUAUCCCAAUACUCUAUGGGACUACGAGAUAUACGCGUUCGAGCCUUUUAUUCAUUGGUUACCAGAUCCGAAAAAAUCUUUAGCGAUGACUUUCGUGAGUCAACUCAUGAGUCCUAUUAUUUGGGCUUUGGUAUUUUACGAACAAGCGAUCAAAAGAUAUUAUUCCGUAUUUUUCGAAUAUAAAACGUUCGAAAUAAGAGACGCGAUACCUUUUUUCCUACCCGUUUUAAUGUCAUUCUUCACACCAAAUUUCUUCACGGCUGUGAAACUGUGGUUAUUGAUCAUAAUGGCAACUAGUUUUAUAUUCUCCAUAAUCGGUUUCAACGCAGCUCAUCAUCAUCCUGAUAUCUUUCACGAUGGUGAUAUAUACAGAGACGAUUAUGACUGGGGUGUGCUGGAAUUGGAUGCUGUGAGGGAACGAAAGGUGAUCGACGAUUCCGAUUUUUUGGUACUGACGAAUUUCGGUUUACACGGUCUUCAUCACCUUUUACCAACGGUCGAUCAUUCUUACUUGCCACUUUGCGUGAACGCUUUUGAACAAACUUGCAAGGAAUUCGGGAUCGGUAUCGAAAAAUUCACUCAAUGGGAACUCAUCAAAGGACAAUUUAAACAAUUGGCACGUAAGAAACUGAAGAAGAAUUUCAGAUAGAAAGGACGAGAAAAGUAUUUCAAAAUAAUCGUUUCGAUAUAUCGUGUGAAUAUGUAACACGAGUUAAGAAGUAUAUAAUAUAAUAAGUAAGAAUCGGA